GAAAGAUAUAUUGGACACAUCCUUCUUUAUAUAAGAACCAUUUGAUAUUAACCCUAAACCUUGUUCUUCUUCAGCCGCAACUCACACCUUCUCUAGGGUUUUUAAUUCCUCCAAAUUCUUUGCCCAACAUGGUUCUUCAAAAUGAUAUUGAUUUGCUGAAUCCUCCCGCUGAGAUUGAGAAGAGGAAGCACAAACUUAAGCGUCUUGUUCAGUCCCCAAACUCUUUCUUCAUGGAUGUUAAGUGUCAGGGUUGCUUUAACAUAACGACUGUGUUUAGCCACUCUCAGACUGUUGUUGUAUGUGGGAACUGCCAGACUGUCUUGUGCCAGCCAACUGGUGGACGGGCAAGACUAACUGAGGGAUGCUCUUUUAGGAAGAAGGGUGAUUGAAAGCUGUUAGCUUUUUUCUUGUUUGAGUGGAGAGUUUCAGAAAUGCCUUCUCUUGUUUUGGUUAUGAUAUCUUAAUUGUUAGAAUGGAUGACAUUAAGAACCACCGAAUUUUGCAAUUCUCUUAUCCUCCGGUUUUGUUCA